AUAUUUAUUUAUCAUACAAAAGAACGUUACAUAUAUGUGUAUAUAUUAUUUUUAAUAUGUUGUAAUAUAGUAAUAAUAUAAUAAUUCUUAUUAAUAUUAUAGAAUUCAAGAUUUUUUUACUUUAUUUAGUGUUAAUUUGAUUCAUAUGCAGAAACAAAUGAUACGUAAGAGAAAAAUAUGCAUAAAAAUACGUGAAAAUUAAUUUACAAUAUUUACUCUAGUAGCUAGAGCAGCAUAUAAGCUGCUUUUAAGGUAGCUGGUCAAGAUGAUUUAAUGGUCUAAUACAGAGAAACUAAUCAUAUACAUUAUGUAAAAAAAUGACUAAAAAUAAAAACAUUUUUUCAGAAGUGUAGUUCAAGUUUAAGUUAAGUUUAAGAAAGAAAAAAAUUAAUAAAAGCUUGUGAUUUAGAGCAAGCUAACGUUAGCUAGUGGUCACGCAGAACACAAGAUUCAAACAGCAAAAUGGGUGCCGUGAUUUGAUUGGUUAUUACUAAUUAAAUAUAUUUUUAAAAAUUUAUUCAGGACAAUUAUGUUGCUUUUCUACCUUUAAAACUCACUUUGUGUGUUUUUACAUAAACAUACAGAAAUAAAUUAUUUCUCAAACACUGUAGAAAUCACUGUGGGCAACUUUAGGUAAAAUUACACCAGAUUUUAAAAGUCUAUUAAAAUAUUAAAACAGGUUAUAGGUAGAUGACAUAUAUAUUUUUUUAUAACUUAUCGUUAUUUUAAAUUUAAAAAUUCGAUCAUUAUUUUUUCUCUACGUCACCUUUGACCUCCUGCGCGUUCCCGACGUCAAAUCAGUGCCCGGCAGGCGCGCACCGGUCGGAGAGGCUCAGAGAGCUCCGGGAGGAGAGAGGAGAGCACCGGACACCGGAGGAGGGGAAGAACUUUACCGGCUUACCGUGUUUUGGUGACAAGUUCUCGAACAGGAUGUGAAGCUCAAAGGGUUCUUCUUCUUCUUCUUCUUUUUUAAAUUGCGGAGCGUCCGCGGGAUUUGACGACUCGGCGGCGCGCCAUGGACGGGAUAACCGUCACUACUUUACCGUUCCUCACCGGGAGCUUUCCUCGGUGCGCUUCACGAGGAGUUCUCGGCGUUUUCACUCACCUGUAGCGUGUGUUUUGUGUCUUACCGUUUUCCUGGGCUGUAAAUUAGCGCUUUAAUCCAGUUUUAGCGGUGUUUUUUUUUUUUUUUUUUUAAACGCUGUGCUGUUUACCGCUAGCUUACAGCCGCGUCCUGCGUCCGCUCGGUGGAAACGGAUGCAUCACUCGCCGGUGAUUACCAGGACAGCCGCUGGUUUCUACGGGACGGUUUCUGCUGGACGCACGUUAAUGGAUUUACUGCAGCAGUGAGAAUAAAAGAACAACAACAUGUAUGCUGGACGUAAACGGAGAAAACCGGCGCAGAAAGGAGUCAAAGCGACCCCUGCUGAAGGCGCCAAGUCCAACCCGUCCAAACGCCACCGCGACCGGCUGAACUCGGAGCUGGACCGACUGGCCAGCCUGCUGCCCUUCCCCGAAGACGUCAUCUCCAGCCUGGACAAACUGUCCAUCCUGAGGCUCAGCGUCAGCUACCUGCGCACCAAAAGCUUCUUCUCAGUGGCGUUGAAGAACCAGCUGUCCAAUGGCAUCAACAAGAGCAGCGACGACAGCGACGGCAGCAAGACGGCCGGACGUGCAGACAGACGGAUAUCUGAGGGGGAGCUGCUGCUACAGGCUCUGAAUGGAUUCGUUCUGGUGGUGACGGCGGAGGGAAUCAUCUUCUUCUGCUCUCACACCAUCCAGGAUUACCUCGGCUUCCAUCAGACUGACGUGAUGCACCAGAGUGUGUUUGAGCUGAUCCACACUGAAGACCAGCAGGAGUUCAGGAGGAACCUGCACUGGGCCCUGAACCCCCCCAUCAGCCUCGGACCCCCCACAGAUCCCCCAGAUGGCGAGUCUCUGUCCACCUCCUCUGGCCUGGUGAGCUACAACCCCGACCAGCUUCCACCUGAAAACUCGUCCUUCCUGGAGAGAGGCUUCGUCUGCCGCUUCCGCUGUUUGUUGGACAACUCCUCCGGCUUCCUGGCGCUGAACAUCCAGGGCAGGCUGAAGUUCCUCCACGGUCAGAGCCGCCAGCAGUGUGACAGCGAGGGCAGCAGCCCGCCUCAGCUCGCCCUGUUUGCCAUCGCUACACCCCUGCAGCCUCCAGCCAUCCUGGAAAUCAGGACGAGAAACAUGAUCUUCAGGACCAAACACAAGCUCGACUUCACCCCGAUGGCUUGUGAUGCAAAAGGUAAAAUCGUUCUGGGCUACACCGAGGCGGAGCUGAGAGUUCGAGGUUCAGGAUACCAGUUCAUCCACGCUGCCGACAUGCUGUACUGCGCCGAAAACCACGUCCGAAUGAUAAAGACAGGCGAGAGCGGCCUCACCGUCUUCAGGCUGCUCACCAAGGACAACCGGUGGAAGUGGGUCCAGGCCAACGCCAGACUGGUCUACAAGAAUGGCAAGCCGGACUACAUCAUCGCCACCCAAAGGCCUUUGGUGGAAGAGGAAGGAGGGGAACACCUGAGGAAGCGAUCUAUGCAUCAUCCCUUUACCUUUGCCACCGGAGAGGCUCUUCUUUACCAGACCAGCUACCCACUGCAUGGUUUCCCUGAUUCCUUCCAGGGCAAAGCCAAAGGCAGCAAGUCCAAGAAGGGCAAAGUGGACAAGAGCUCCUCAGACGAACUGGACCCAAAGUCCCUGCUGGGAGCGCUGAUGAGCCAGGAUGAGUCCGUGUACGUCAGCCAGCCAGACACGGAGCCUAAGAUGUCCUACCACAGCAGCCUUUUUAGCGAGCAGCAAAGCAAGACUGAUGGCUUUGGAGGCCUGUUAGGUGGCGACAGCUGGCAUUUUGCAUCUAACGGGGAGGCGGGCAGGUGUAACGGUAAAACGUCCAGUUUUGAUCCACUCCUGGCCACCCUGGACUCUCUGUCUCUGGACGGAGGGGAAACAUGCUCCAACAGUGAGCUCUUCAGCGCUCUGGAGAACCUGGGCCUGAAUGCCGAGGAUCUGGAGCUGCUGCUGCUGGAUGAGAGGAUGAUCCAAGUGGAGCUGGACCCCAACCACAUCCCAACACUCAGUGACCUCCUCACCAACAACGAAAUCCUCUCUUACAUCCACGACUCUCUGGAGAGUGGGACCGAAGCUGAGGAACAAGGAAGUGGAUUUGGAUCUUCAGGCCAACCAUCAAACCCAGAUUCAGCCCAAAGUGUCUCCCAGCAGGUGUCUUUGACUCCUCCUGUCCUUCCAGCUUCUCCCAGCGGCAGGCAGCCCAUCGUCCAGCUGUCUCAACAGAUGCAGCAGCACAUCGGUUCGGCUCAAACGGGACAGAUUCAGGCUGAAACAGUGAGCUCAAACAACCCUACUGGGAUUCCGAACAGUCACUGGAUGGUAACGACUGAGAACCACCACCACCCCAUCAGCCAUCAACACUCUCAGACUGCACUGGAAACCACGCAGCUGAACGGAGAACACAAACACCUCGACUCACUUCUGGAGUCCGGUCAGCAGUGGCAGCUCCAGCAGGACCAGCAUUCUGUCCACCUCCAGUCCCAUCAGCAGGUCAACGGCGAGAGCACCUUCCAGAAUCAGCUCAGACCGAUGACAAACGGAUCUUACAUCCAUACUGGACACACGGCUUUUCCACCAAACGUGGAGGUCGGCCACACAGAUUACAGUCUCUCCAACACACCACACACAGAUGGUACGGUGCUGAACUGCCUGAGCGUACAGGACUACCAGGGUUUGGUGGCCACCACGCAGCCCGACCAGCUGCAGGGUCCCCAGAAACACCAGCAGCAGCAGCAGCACAUGUUGCAGCAGACUCAGGUUCCUCCAUCUUGUUUGCCCCAGUGUCCCGCCCAGAGCUCUGCGCUGGAGCUAGAGCAGUUACUGGCUCUGUCGCAGCCGCAGCACAACCUGCCAUCUUUAGAGGCCUACAGCAUGUUCAGCGCCACGCAGGACUCCACCCACAGCAAGCUGGAGAACGGCUGCCUCCUCAGUGCCGCCAACGCAGCGUACGUCAGGACGUGUCUGAUGCCCAACGGGAACGGAGUGACGACGGGCGACAUUCCUGUUUCGUGCCCCGACGGACUCCCUCCACUGCAGGACCCCCAGAAAUCUGGAUUUUUCCUCUGACUGGACGAAGGCAAAGUGUCAGUGGAGGCUAGAAGAGAAGGUACAGGAGAGAAAAAAAGAAAGAGGAACAACUAAACCUUCUCCAAACGUGAUUUUUUUUUAAUGGAAUUAUUGAGUGGUGAUAAGGAAGAGAGAAAAUUCAAACCCUUUUUCAGAGCAUUUUUUAUUUUUUGCACUCGGACGUCUUAUCUGUGCUACUCAGAAACACCCUAAAAAUGUGUACGAUGAAGAAGAUGUCACACUGUGUUAGAAUAUUCGUGCUCUCACUGAAAGUUUCCAUGUGUGGGUCAAAUUCCUGCUCUUGACUGUCGGUCAGGUGUUUGCUUGGAACGUAAACUCGACUGGAUCGUCGCUCUCAAGCCAAAACUCACCACUUUCUGAUCUGUAAAUACACAAUUAGUAGAGACGACACAGUUACACUCAACCGCAGUACGACAAGACAAAGCAAAAUGCUGUGGAGAUUUUAGCGUGAUUUCAAACCGCAUCCUUCACAUUGAUGCUGACCAUUUUUCAACCACAUCAUACCUUUUAAGAUCCAUUUAGUCCUGCAGCAGCUGUUGGUUUAAGUUCACUCCAGUUGGAAAAUGUCUUAAACUAUCACUGAAUGAGGUCAUGUACUCUACUGUUCAGACGUCACCCAGACAAAUUCAUGUCUACCAUUAAACUCACACUUUUAUCCAUGUGCUAACAUAGCUGCACAAGUUUUCUAACCAUCAAUGAGCCUUUCAACACCAUUAGCUAACACAAUGUAGCAUUAGAACACAGGAGUGAUGGUUGCUGGAAAUGUUCCUCUGUACCCCUAUGGAGAUAUUCCAUUAAGAAUCAGCCGUUUCCAGCUAGAAUAGUCAUUUACCACAUUAACAAUGUCUAGACUGGAUUUCUGAGUCAUUUAAUGUGAACUUCAUUCAAAAGAACUGCUUUUCAUUGAAAAUAAGGACCAUUUUCUAAGAAACUUUUGAACAGUAGUGUGUCCUGACCAGGCUUCAGAAGUAUGGAUUAAUAGUGGAUUAAUCCAGUUGAUUUAGCGCUUUUGUGCUCAUGAAAGUAACACCGUGGAUUGUCCGACCUCAGGGCUCCACAAAGACUACAACCUCAGUCAGUUAAGGCGUAGCACAAAGGUGGUUUAAAGCUUUCUUUGUCCACUCACAUUUUCUGCUUCAGAUUCUGUUUUCACAAAAAGGAGGAGUUUCAAACACCAUGUGACUCUUCUUCUGCAGUAAACAAAUCGUUCGUGUGCAGCUGCUUCGGUCAACAGGUUGUUUUAAUGGAGAACAACGAGGAAUAUAGAAUGUAUGAUGGUAGAACGCUGCUGCUGAAAAUAAUGCAAGACAGGAAUGCUGCAAGAAAACUUAAACAUGUGUUAAUCAAUCAAAGCAGCUGUACAUUACACUAAGCGUCAUAUAUUUAAACACGAUAUUAUACUGAAGUGCAUAUAGUCUGACUUUGUCCUACAAUGCAGGAAAUCACUUUAAUUUGUAGCCAAAUCAAAGUUAAACUGAAGUUACUGAUCGGAUAUUCUGUGUAAUAAAUACCAAUAGAAUAAUCAGCAUUCGGUCAGCUGCAGUAAACGAAACAAACUUCUGAUUUCUGCAUCACCAACUAAAUACAUGAGGUUUCCGUUGCGUACAGUUCCAGUACUGUAACUGCACGUCUUCAUUCAGUGGCUUCAGUGGUAUGAAGCUCAACAUGUUUGCAGAUAAAACAUUUUCCCCCAGCUGAGAAUCUGUAUCACUCAUAAAUGAUCGUCAGGAAAGGAUUUGGUUAAAGGGUUACGCUUCUUACAGCCGAUUUAAAUCUUCUCCACAUCAUCCGUUACCAUGGAGAUCUCGCCGGUUAAAAGCGUUUGUGAUACUAAAAACUCUGACUUUGAGCUCAGCAUCCCUGCUAACCCACUAAUCUGUCUUUGUGGUCCAGGACUCUGGACACUACAACUAGAUUUUAAUGUAAUUUUCAUUUUUGUCCACUCUCUUUAGUGAACUUAAAUCAGUGGCUGCUGAAAAAAUUCAAGGUGUGCUCAUAAAAGGUCCACAGCGAUGUGACAGGAAAUGGGUGGGGAUUUAAAUCGUCCCACGAGCCAGUCACGUGGAAGAAAGCUACCUGAACAAGCUGCUUCCAUUAGCGUGGUAACUGCUCAACGUGCUGCUGGCAUUCGAAUGUGAUCGCUUUGAAGCGGAGAGGGAAUAUUUCCGAGAAGACAUUUAUACUUACAGCCAUGAGAUUUGGAUUCUUGGAUCGAAAAACACCAACAGAUUAUUUAAAUGUCAGUGUUUGUUUGUCGCUUAGGUGUAGGUUAACUGUAGGACUCGUAGAUUCGUCCCGGUGCUUUACGUGUCGACAACUAAGCAUUUCAUUCCUGAGGUUCAUAUUGUUCCAGUGAGAUUUAACAAGCAGAGGAAUCAAAGGACGAGCAUCGGAAAGGUUCUUAUUUAUUGCUGCUGCCACAGGAAAACCACGUUGCCUCUGUGGCCGCGGCAUCACAAUGUUUAUCCUAAUGCUGCAUUUUAGCCUGCUUGAGGUUUACAAUGAUGUUGUGCACUUACACGUACGUUGCAAUCAGACCGGAUCUGAUUGGUCCGUCGGUGAAAUCACACAUCAAAAAGCAUUUUAGUUUCCUGACCGGAGACAGUGUGAAAAUCUCCCAUUAAUGCCUUGUCUGGGCGGCCUCGGCCAGUCAGACUCCCACUUACUUUAUCCUGCAGUCGUGUCGUGUGGGAAACACUGAGCGCACUUACACGAACACGGUAAUCCAUUAAGGACCUAAUUGUAAAUAAUUGAUUAGAACUGAAGGCGAGGGAGAGGAAGUGCAUGGAAGUUAUUCUUAAGUUUUGUUUUCCUGUAAUAACAAAGCAGAUAUUCUACGACUGAGGAAAUAUUUGCCCUGAAGUGUGUGUGUGAGGGACGGCAGAUUUGUUAUUUUUAUUUCUACAUUUGGCUAUUCUGUGCAUGUGUGGAAAACAAGUUAAAGUGGAUUUUUUUAGCAUCAGAGCCAGAAAUUCCAACAUGUAGGAUUUGGCACAGUUUCUUUAUUGUGUUUGAAAUUCUGGUGUCAAAGAAAACUGUGAGCUCUGAGGUGUUUAAGUCCAUGAGGAGGCUUUCUUUUUAGUCUGCCAAGGAAUGCAGCAGAGGUAUAUGACGAUCAGCGUUGGUUUGUCCGUCUGUUUGUCUGUCUGUCAGCAACAUUACUCAAAAAUGGACCAACGGAUCUGGAUGAAAUCUUCAGGGAAGGUCGGAAAUGGCACAAGGACCAAGUGAUUAGAUUUUGGCAGUGAUGCGGCUUAUAUCCACAGGUUUGUUAAAAAGUUCUGCAUCAUUGUGAGAUAGCAUCACGGCGUCACUGUAACUACAUGUGAUUGUGAUCGCACUACAAAUCGACUGCUCGUUUAAAGAUUUCAUCGGUCGGACAUCAUGUGUCGUUUCUUGUCUUGUUGAUGUCAGAACAAAGAUGUCAGACUUUCCCCACAUGACUAAAGCUCUUUUCAGACAUGAGAUAACUUUGCUGCUUCGUCAAUCUGUUAAAGUUAACUUAUGAUUUCCUAAACACUGAAAAUCUCCUUCUUCUUUACAAACAAUAAAAUAAAAACAGCCGUGAUGAAGCUGCUUUGUAACAAAUGAUUGAACCGGCCCAUCCAGUCUGGUAAUUAUAAGCAAUUAAUGAAUUAUAACUCUCCCUAAUUCAUAUGGAUACUGUGGAAGGUAUGUAAGACUCUUAAAAACAACCGGGGGCAACAGACUAAAUACACAUCCUCCCAGAAUCUGGUUUAUUAUUGUCAUUACUUGGGCCUUAUUAAUUUAAACUGUUACAGACGCUCAUCGUCAGAAGUUCCACUUUUAUGGACAUUUCAUCAAGCAGCAAACUGUGAUUGUUUUUUGGGAACAAUUUUGGAGCUUUACUUUGUAGAAAUAACCUUCUUGAAAUGACUUCAAUUGCAUGAAGUUUAGAAAUAAGCAGAAAUGAAUGCAGGUCUGAACAGAGCUUUGAAACACCAGAAUCCUCCUCUUUGUUGAUCGUCAGAGACACACUGUGACCGAGCGUCCAUGCUGCUCCUGCAACUGUAAUGCAGCUGUCCUCCAGACAGUCUGCUGUCUUUGCUGUUUCCGUUUGAUGUGACACCGACAAACUAUUCACCCGACAGAACAAAACUAAUCGUACAUGAAAGCUCACAGCAGGCAGACAAACUGGAACAGAUGCAGCUUCUUUACUGGAAAUAAUAAUGUGUUUCAGUGACAUGCUCGGUGCUUGUAAAUCCCCAAAUCCAGCAGACGCUCUGUUAUUUGUCUUCUUUCAUUCUCAUAAGAUGCAAAACAUGAGAUUAGAAAUAGUUCUUUAGUAAGGGUGAGUUGUUUACCUUGCUGUCGUGUUUCGACUGCAUCUGCGGUCUUCCUCGAAGCGUCAUCUGACGGUUUAAGUAACUUGUGCGUUGGUUUUUUCCAGUUGGUUUACCGUGGUUCUGGUCCUCUCUCUGAUGAGGGCCUUUGUCGCCUUGCUGAUGAUGUCUGCUGCGUUUGUGGUUGGGAUGGGGCUCUUGAUGUUGAGACUUGUCGGUGUUAUAUCUCGUCUUUGCAUCAAUGGCGUGCUCCUUUCUUUUCCAAAAGGUCCACACAAUCUUUCCUAAAUCUUCCACGUAGUAGAUUGAUUAUGCUCAUGUUGUUGUUUUCUUAUACAUGCCCUGUCCAAAAAAAAAAUUAAGUCACCACCUGGAUGUAACUAAGCAAAUAGGUAUGAGCCUUCCAUUGGACAAUUACUACAGUGAUGAAUAUGUCUAUUCAACCCGAGCUGAUGCAGUGAGGAGCUUCUCAUCUCUUAAACAACCAUGUCAGAAGACAUAUCCUGUGGUAGGGCUGGGCAAUAUGGCCAAAAAAUAAAAUCUCGAUUUUUUUUUUUAGUCAUCUUAGACAAUUACGAUUUUAAGCGAUUUUUGUUGUUUUUUUUGCGGUCUGUUUGCUAUGGCUAGUGCUAGCUCCCGUAGCUUCAAGAACUUUUCCCAUUCUUUAGGAUGCCUCUGCCGGAGGUGCUGAAAGAGGUUAGUUGUGCUGCUACUCUUCGUUUUCACAGUACUUUUGCAAACCUUACACAUGACUGUCGUUUGCUCUGUGUCAGUCUUGUCAAAGCCGAACCACUUCCAUACAAUCGAUGUAACAUGAGGCCCUUUUCUCGCGACCAACUCUUCGUCUGCUGUUCUGGCCGCCAUGACGGGGGUGUGAGUGUUUUGGCGGAAGGAGAUGAGAGGUGGAAGCAAACGCCAGUGCACAAGUCGUGAAAGGCAGAAGAAGAAUCUGUAUUGUUAUAUAUUUAAGCUCACCUCGAGUUUACGAUUUGGCAAAUUUUCAAAUUGUCAGGUUUUAAAAAGGCAAAUUAAUCGAAUUAAUUCGAUUUAUCGCCCAGCCCUAUCCUGUGGUCAUGGAAAGGAUGGUAAUCUGUUUCAGAAGGGUCAAAUUAUUGGCCUGCAUCAAGCAAAGAAAAGAACUAAGGAGAUUUUUGAAACUACUAAAAUCAGGUUAAGAACCAUCCAACGCACUAUUAAAACCUGGAAGGAUAGUGGAGAACCAUUAUCUUAGAGGAACAAAUGUGGUCAGAACAAACUCUUAGAUGAUCGUAGGAAAUCAACAGUAGAACUCACGGCUAUGUUUAGCAGUGAAAGUAAGAACAUUUCCAUAUGCACAACGCAAAGGAAACUCAAAGGAUUGGGACUGAACAGCUGUAGCUCUAAGAAAACCACGGAUCAGUGAGGCUAAUCAGAAACAAAAGGAUUCAUUUUGCUAGGUAGCAUGAAUAUUGAACUCUGGGGCGGUGGAAGAAGAUCAUGUGGUGUGAUGAGUCCAGAUUUACCCUGUUCCAAAGUGAUGGGGGCAUCAGGGUAAGAAGCGAGGCAGAUGAAGUGAUGAAGUCAUCAUGUCUUGUGUCUACCAGCCUGUGGGGGUUAGAGUUAUGAUCUGGGGUUGAUCAGGUUCAGCAACGUUAUGUUCCCAAAGAAUGAGGUCAGCUGAUACCUGAAGAUACUGAAUGAGCAGGUCUUUACAUCAGUGGAGUUUUGUAAGUUUAUUGAGGAGUCGGUCGAGGCUCUGCUGUAGCUAUCUUUCACUUGAUCUUUUCAAACACCGACAUAGUCCGAGAGGCUCCUUUUAACUUCGACUGAACUUCAGGUGAAGACCACAAGCAUUAGGUUGCCUCCUCAGACCACUGUUGCUUGGAUUUGGCGUCCAUAUUUAUUUAUUUUCUAAACAGUAACACUAAACACUCCUACUACUCGCUCUGCUGUUUAAAAAUGUUUCCGCCGUUUAUUGUUGGUCACCGUUACCCCGCCCCUAGCCUCUGACAUACUCGGUUCUUAACUCUGGCCCAGCAACGGCUGCGUUUACUAAGUUUUUGGAGCAUGGAGCCAGUGCUUAGGUGGGAGAAACACAAAGAACUGGUGCUCAGUCAGGCUCUGGCUCUGAACUAGCACUGGAACCAGCUUGGUGGAAAAGGGGCCACAGAGUCCAGAUCUCGGCUCCACUGAGAAUCUUUAGGAUGUUCUGGAGAAGACUUUGCUCAGCUGUCCAACUCUCCCAUCAUCAGUAUAAGAUAUUGACAGAAUACUAAUGCAACUCUGGACAGAAAUAAAUGCUGUGACAUUGCAGAAGCUUAUCGAAAUGAUGCCACGGCGAAUGUUAAUAAAGGUGAGUCUUUCAGUUUGCUCGACUACGUCUGAGUGUCAUCUGACGUGCUGACAUCGGUGCACUUUGUCGCCAAAAAUGAAAGCGACAAAAUGAACAUAAUCAAUCUACCGGCAAAGCAUGAGCUCUGUGUGAACAUGAACUGAAACUGUUUAUAGGUGACUGCUGGCAUCAUCUGAAUUAAAUGCAACAAGACCUCCGAUUUGAAAUGAGGUUUUGAUCACUGAAAACCCAUAUUUAAGGCGAUAACAAGUCAUGCUUUGUGUGAUUUUAGCCUCGUAUAAAGUUAAAUAUAUAUAUUAGCUCGGCUCUGAUAUGAUAUUUAAAAGACUCGGAGGGUAAAAGAAGCAAGAGGGCACAGCAUUUAGCAUUUAGCACCGAUUCAAGAACCAAAUGAGACACGUGUGAGCCACGGUGUCCACAGUCGCUCCGUCGUUGAAUGUCUUGUGUAAAACUGUAAAGGCGUUUGAAAUACGAAGUUUUUAUUUCACUACAGAACAAAGGUGCUUAAAAGUGAUUUUUCCGAUGUUCGUGACGACUGUCGUCACCACGGGCGAAAUGCAUUUACAGAUUUGCCUCGUUUGUUUUUCUUUUUGUAAACUGACUCUUCUUAUAUAUAAAAAAACAGAUUCAAUGAGAUCAAAUGCUGUAUGAAAAGAGAAAAAGAUUUCAUAGUGUUUCUUUAAAAACAGACAAAAAAAAGAAUGGCUGUUUGUGUGUAAAUAUAUCUAUAUAAUGUGUUUUUAAUGGCGUAUUUUAAAAUCACUGCUCUUACAAACUCUUUCUCCAGCACUGAAAGUAGUCUUGUAGAAAAAAAAGCAUUUUAUGACUCCAUGUUGUAUGAAUAUUGUCCCCAAGAGUUGUGUGUUUUAUCUUCAUGUCAUGUUUAAAGACGGUUUGUCACUUUAGUGCAAAACAGUGCGGUGCCAUAACGGUAAGCCCAGACUUACUAUGAGAUACAGUGUGACGAAAACACAACAUUUUAGAUGAAAAGAAAGAACUUUUAUCUUUAAAAUCCACUUUUUCCACAGGUUUUUUUGUCAUCAACCAUUUCAACCUCUGAAACCAAACUCUCCGUUUUGUUUGUUUGUUUUCUUUUUUAAAGGCACACAGACUUUAUUUUGCUACUUUUAUCACUGAAGGUUGUAGUCGUAUGUCAACAAGAUUUUUUAAAAAAAUGCAGUUUGUCUCUGAGCCGUGUGUUGAAAUGUGCUCUUGGAUCCUGGAGAAUAAAGGAUUUCGUGCAAUCACA